AUGAGUUUCGAUUCGGGAUGUGUAUCAAGAAACUUAGAUAAUUUGUUAAAGAAGUAUGAAAUGCAAUUAAAUUCACUUAAAACAUUAUUAAAAGAAAAAGGUGUAAUUGAAAAAAUAGAAGAUACAAUAUUAAUAAGAUAUAUUUUGUCAUAUGGUGAUAAAUUAGAAGAAGCAGUAAAUUCUAUAGAGAAAGCAGUAACAUGGAGAAAACAAAAUGUAUAUCCAUUAUUAAAUAAUAAUAAAGAAAAUAAUGAUUAUCAUAAUAAUAUAAUAUUUCCAGAUAGGGUUAAGCCAUAUUAUUCUUUUAUAAAAAAAGCAUUAGCAGCAUGUGAGCAUAAAUGUACAUUAGAUAAACAACCUGUAGUAAUAGCAAGAUUAAAAUUAUGUAAUUUUACAUUAUUAUUAGAUAAUGUACCAGAAAAUAUACUAGUAGAUUAUAUAGUAUAUUCAAAUGAACAUGAAUUUUCUGUAUGUAACGAACAAACAAAAAAAAGCAAAACAUUAUGUAGAACAUAUCGUUUUAUAGAUUUAAAGGGAUUUAUGUUAAAAAAAUUUGAUCGUAGAUUUCUUAGGGUUUUUGCAAAUACGUCUAAAUUGUCUGAAUUUUUGCACCCGCAGCUGGUUGGAAAAACGUAUUUAAUAAAUGCACCAUCAUAUAUACGAGUGACUAUUGAAACGUUAAAAACCUUUGGUAUAAGCAGAAGAACAUUAAAUAAACUGGAAAUUCCAAGAAGCUUUUCUCAUAAAGAGCCAGCUGACUGUGACUGGUUUAAUUUGCUAGUUGACAAAAAUGACAUACCUACUUAUUUAGGCGGAAAGUGCAAAUGCAAAAAUGGAUGUAUUCCAGGUUUUCAGAAUGACCUUGAAAAUCCCUUAAAUUUAAAUGAAGAGGAAAUAAAAGAAGAAAUUCAAAAUAAUUUGUCUAAAUUAACAACUAAAACUGAGAAAAAUAGCCCACUUAUGGGUAAAUGA